CCCGUAUAUACACGCACUCGGGUUUAUAUUACACUCGGUUUCAUUUCGAGGUUCUUAGAACUGGGAGUUAACCGAAACCUGAGAAGACGACUUUAGAAUACAGUUUUUGGUACUUUGACAUGAAUUGUAAUUCCUAAUUUCUUAGCGUAACCCCACAGGUUUCUUAAUAAUACACCACCUGAGGCAAGUGGUAUGCCUUGGUUGCAAACUUUGCAGUGACUUCCGCGUGAUCACGUGACUACACUCUCGCCAUCAUGGCGCCGCUCUUGGUCCCGGUAUGGUGCGGGUUCCACAUUCAGAGACGAAACUUAGCUCUUCUCCUUCAGAGGUCCAGCUCUUAUCACGUCUGGAGCUAUAAUAGUAAAAGCGGCGCCGGGGAAUCCAAAAGGAGACAGAGGAGCGCGUAUGAGGGUCUCAAUCUGUCAUCAACAUGGACGUCCAGUCGAGGAGAUACCAAUCGACAAAUGCUGGAAGCCAUAAAACAUGUAAAGAUACCAGACAGAACAUGCUGGCAUGGUCAUGCAGGGGGAGGCCUGAGUGCAGAUCCCAAAAAUGUGCUAAGGGAGGUGGACUCAGCCAAGAUCCUAUCAGCCAUGUUUGCAUAUGUUUGGCCAAAAGAUCGACCGGAUCUGCGAGCUCGAGUGGCCAUCUCACUCGGCUUGCUUGCCGGAGCUAAGCUUACCAAUGUGCUGGUGCCCUUCAUGUUUAAAUAUGCGGUAGACAGCCUGAACCAGAUGUCGGGACACAUGUUGAACCUCAACGACGCGCCAAACACGGUGGCCACCAUGGCAACGGCCGUUCUCAUUGGCUAUGGUGUUUCUCGGGCGGGUUCGGCACUCUUCAACGAGCUCCGCAAUGCCGUGUUCGGCAAGGUGGCACAGAGCUCCAUCCGGCGCAUCGCCAGGAAUGUCUUCCUGCACCUGCACAGUCUGGACCUGGCAUUCCACCUGAGCCGGCAGACAGGCGCGCUGUCUAAAGCUAUCGACCGAGGCACACGCGGCAUCAGCUUCGUGCUCAGCGCCCUUGUCUUUAAUCUCGGACCCACGGCCUUCGAGAUGGCACUAGUCAGCGCCAUCCUGUAUUAUAAAUGCGGCGGUCAAUAUGCUCUCGUCACUCUGGGGACCUUAUCGGCGUACACGCUGUUCACCGUCGCAGUUACACAGUGGAGGACCCAGUUCAGGAUAGCAAUGAACAAGGCGGAUAACGAAGCGGGCAACGCAGCCAUCGACUCUCUCCUCAAUUACGAGACCGUAAAGUACUUCAACAAUGAGAAAUAUGAAGCAGAGAGAUAUGACAACUUUCUGAAAAUCUAUGAGUCCUCUUCUUUGAAGACUACCUCAACCCUGGCCAUGCUAAACUUCGGACAGAGCGCAAUCUUCAGCGUCGGGCUCACGGCUAUCAUGGUGCUGGCUAGCAAGGGCAUAAUGGCAGGAACCAUGACUGUGGGAGAUCUGGUGAUGGUAAACGGACUUCUCUUUCAGCUCUCACUGCCCCUCAACUUUCUGGGCACAGUGUACAGAGAGACCAGACAGGCUCUCAUUGACAUGAACACACUCUUCACUCUGCUCAGUGUGGACACCAAGAUUAAGGAGAAAGACCUGGCCCCCCCACUGCUUGUUACCCCACAGAAUGCCUCCAUCCGGUUCGAGGACGUCUACUUUGAGUAUCUGGAGGGACAAAAGGUCCUCAAUGGGGUUUCCUUCGAAGUACCCGUUGGGAAAAAAGUGGCCAUUGUUGGCGGGAGCGGAUCUGGGAAGAGCACAAUCGUACGGUUGCUGUUUCGCUUCUAUGAACCCCAGCAAGGUAACAUCUAUAUUGCAGGCCAGAACAUUCGAGAUGUCAGCCUGGAGAGCUUAAGAAAAGCUCUGGGUGUGGUGCCUCAGGAUGCAGUCCUCUUCCACAACACCAUCUUCUACAAUAUGCAGUACGGUAACAUCAACGCCUCACCAGAGGAAGUAUACAGAGUAGCCAAGCUUGCCGGCAUCCACGAUGCCAUCCUCAAAAUGCCUCACGGAUACGAGACACAGGUUGGAGAGCGAGGCUUGAAACUCUCAGGUGGAGAAAAACAGCGUGUGGCCAUCGCCAGGGCGAUCCUAAAGAACCCUCCUAUCCUGCUCUAUGACGAGGCAACUUCCUCCCUCGACUCCAUUACUGAAGAGAACAUCCUGAGCUCCAUGAAAGAAAUGGUGACUGACAGAACAUCUGUCUUCAUUGCCCACCGGUUGUCCACCAUUGUGGAUGCAGAUGAGAUUAUUGUGCUGAAUCAGGGUAAGGUGGCAGAGCGAGGCGAUCACCACACACUCCUGAGCACUCCAGGAAGCCUGUACGCCGAUCUGUGGCACACGCAGAACAGCAAAGUGCUAAACAGCAACGGAGACAAGACACAGCCUGCUCCAGCCGAGAGAGUCUCACAGAAGGAGGAGGAGCGCAGGAAGCUGCAGGAGGAGAUCCUGAAUAGCGUCAAGGGUUGCGGCAACUGCUCCUGCUGAGACACACACACACAAGUUGUUUUUCGUGGAGUCAGAGUCAGAAACUCUGUUAUACGUAUGACUGAUCACGUGCCUGAGUUUAGACUGAACGCAGCAGUGCUGAUAGACUCUGUAGGUUCAGCAGGUCUCCUGGCUUGGUGUGGUAUUCUGUAGUGUUUGUCAUGUGCACUAUACAUACCUUUCACUUAGCACAUUAUACAGGUGUGUGAACUUUUAAAACAUUUUCUCCAUGUGGAAAAGCCUUUUUAUCAUGGACGUGUACAUAUUAAUCUAACAUGCGAUGGGUUUGUACAAGACAGAAGAAUCGCAUUGUACAGAUGCACACGUGUCUCUGAUGGCUAGUUUGUAAGUGAAAUAUUGACUGGAAGUAACAGGAACACUAUAUAUGUCCUUUUGAGUGUAGCAUUGGGUGACUUGUUAUAUCAGGUGUUUGAACCAACAUUCAUUUAUACCAGUAAUAUCAGUGGAAGUUCACGAAUAUCAACCUGAAAGAAAUUUCAUAAAAUUUGAUAGGUUAUUUAAGAGGACAUAAUGAUUUUCACAUUCCUCACCACAUGUCAACAGCAGAAUUGACCCCGGUCUUUAUUUGCUCGUUGUGAGCAGUAUUCAGCAUAAUGACAAUUUAUUUAGGACUGUUUUUUUUUUUUUUUUUUUUUUCCCCCCAUCAGCCCAUUUUAUAGAUAGAUUGACUGAAAAUAUUGUCAAAAAGCAAUAAAUAUGUAAUUUAACUCCAAAUCAGCUUUCUGAGUGGGGGCCUUUAUAGUAGUGCCUAGUGAUUUCUUCUCAUUGAAUGACACUCGGAUGUGUUAAAAAACAUAGUUAUGUUUAUAAAAAAUGAUGUGCUAAUUUAAAUAUACUGAAAUCUGAAUCAGAAGUGACUCACUGUAAGGGUAAAACUCCUACAUUUGCAUACUUGCGUUACAUUUCUGGUCAUAGGUGCCAGGAGUAAAGGCGACUGGUGUGUUGGAAAUAAAAGCUCAAAUAAUUAGGUAAA